AUGGCAUCCUCCUCCGCUGGACGGGAGAAGGUGCCUCCCACGGACCUGCCGCCGUAUCCUCUAGACCGCGCCCCAUCCCGGUCGUCCUCAUCGCGGGGAGCGGAUGCUUGGUGGAGGAUUCACCCGUUCCGUGGCAUGGUCAACGACGUCCGACGCAGGGCGCCCUACUAUGUUAGCGAUUGGCGGGAUGCCUGGGACUAUCGCGUUGUGCCGGCUACGGUGUACAUGUACUUUGCCAACAUCCUUCCGGCUCUGGCCUUCUCUCUCGACAUGUUCCAGAAGACGGGCUCCAACUACGGAGUUAACGAAGUCCUGCUGGCUUCCGUCCUCGGAUCCAUCGUCUUCUCCCUCUUUUCCGCCCAGCCCCUCGUCAUUGUUGGCGUAACUGGCCCCAUCACCGUCUUCAACUACACUGUCUACGACAUUAUGAAGCCUACAGGUGUCAACUACAUUGGCUUCAUGUGCUGGAUUGGCAUCUGGUCCCUGAUUCUUCACUGGAUCCUUGCCAUCACCAACUCGUGCAACUGGCUCCGCUGGGUCACCCGAUUUCCCUGCGACAUCUUCGGCUUCUACGUUGCCUUCAUCUACCUCCAAAAGGGCAUCCAAGUCCUCCAACGGCUUGGCGACGAUGCUGCCUUCUACCUCUCUAUCGUCUCCGCCCUCCUCGUCUUCAUGGUCGCCUACCUCUGCGGCGAACUCGGCACCAGCAGCCUCUUCCGACACCCGAUUCGUGUCUUCCUCAAGGACUAUGGCACCCCGCUCACCCUCAUCUUCUUCACCGGUUUCGUGCACAUGGGGCGGAUGGCAAAGGUCGACCUCGAGGUGUUGCCUACUGGAGAUGCCUUCACGCCAACUAGCGAUCGCGACUGGCUUGUCAGGUUUUGGGACUUGAGCGUUGGAGAGAUCUUUACAGCCCUCCCUUUUGCCAUUCUCCUGACCAUUCUGUUCUGGUUCGACCACAACGUUUCCUCCCUCAUUGCUCAAGGCAGCGAAUUUCCUCUCCGAAAGCCCGCCGGAUUUCACUGGGAUCUCUUCCUCCUCGGCCUAACCACCGGUGUUGCCGGCAUCCUCGGCCUGCCCUUCCCGAACGGCCUCAUCCCUCAGGCCCCGUUCCACACCGAGUCCCUCUGCGUCACCAAGCCCGUCAAAGACGUCGACGAACACGGCAACGAAAAGGAAGGGCAUUAUUCAUUUGAGACCACGCAUGUCGUCGAGCAGCGGUUUUCCAACUUGGCUCAGGGUCUUCUCACACUGGGAACCAUGUCGGGCCCCCUUCUUGUCGUCAUCCACCUCAUCCCCCACGGUGUCCUUGCCGGUCUCUUCUUCGUCAUGGGAGUCCAGGCCCUCGAGGCCAACGGCAUCACCGCCAAGCUCGUCUUCCUUGCCCGUGACAAGACCCUCACUCCGUCUUCCGCUCCACUGCGUCAGAUUCGUCGCCGCUCCGCAAUCUGGAUCUUCGUCCUCAUUGAACUCAUUGGCUUUGGCGCAACCUUCGCCAUCACCCAGACUGUUGCUGCCGUUGGCUUCCCCGUCUUUAUUAUGGCCCUGAUCCCCAUUCGCGCCUGUAUGCUGCCCCAUGUCUUCAGCCCGGAAGAGCUCGCUGCCCUCGACGAGCCCACCGCUUCACCCUUUACCAUGGAGGGCAUCGGUGGUGUCUGGGGCGGUGCCAAGGAUGACGACCCGAGCGACGAAACCUCGGCUGCGCCUAGUCGUGCGUCCUCUGGUCGCGAUCCACGGCAUCGCCCUGAUCGUCGUGAUAGCGUCUUUGCUCAUCCCGGUGCGCCCCGGAAGAGCCAAGAGGACCUGGCGGAGCUGGGUCAAGUUCGGUCAGGACGCAGCACUGCGACUCGGAGGAGAAGCGUCGAACGGUAA